UAUUUCUAUAGUCAAAGUGGCGAACUUUCUUUGUAAAUUCGCGCGUAAAGUGGAGUUGCGAAGAAGAGUUCGUUGGAAAAAUGGAGCGGAGAAUCGGCGAAGAAAUUUGCGGGUUACACGAACCAUUGAUUCUCCCCAUUUCGUGUUCGAUCUCGGAGCAUCAAAUUCGAUCACCCAUUCCCUCGAUCCGAUCGCCAUGGUGUCCCAUUCGAAGUAGAACGGAGGCUAUGGGGGCGUCGUCGAAGCUGGACAAUAUUCGGUGCUCCACCAUCGUGUUGGCCAUUUCCAACGCCGCCGUCAUCAUUCUCGGCGCCUAUCUCGUCAUCGUUGUUUUUCCUGCUUGCGGACGCCGAUAUGUCCUUCCAUUCUUGGCCGUCUCCGUGGCUUCCUGCAUCAGAAUCGUCGCCAUGGUUCAGAGCGGCAUUGCUCAGGAGGCUACGGCCAGAACCAUUCUCGAAUCUCCGGGUGAUUCUCCCGCUGUUGUCAACACCGUUCUGCGCCACGAGAGACGGUUGAGUUAUAAAAGAUGGCUUUGGUGGACCCGUUUUGCUCUUGUCAUUACAAUGCUGCAAUGUGUGGGUGCAGUUUACUUUAUCGUCAAUAUGGCUUACUACAUUGCUCAUGCUGAAACUCCAGGCGGUUGUGCUUUAGGGGUGGCUUCAAAUGAUAGAUGGUGGAGACGAAAGUUACUGGUUUUAUUUACAAUCUUGGUGUGCUUUGUUGCACUGGUUCAGUGUUUCACUGGUAUGGAUGUUCUAAGGUGGAGGUCAUUUUAUGAAACUCAAGAUCAUGCAUGGAAGGCACAUUAUAGUGAGAUAUUUGAUUAUGGAAUUCGUGAGGCAUUAUGCUGUUUGGGACGUUCCAAAUACUUGAGCGUCAUGGAAGAAGACGAGGUCUCCUCGGUGGCACAAUUAUUGGGUGAUCUUGUUGCUUAUCGUUCAUCUGGCACUGGGCAUUUGGAAUUUUUGGCAGGUCUUGCUUUAUUGCAAAGGCAUGGCCAAUCAACACAAUCUUCGGAAGAGCUAAUGGAGGCUCCUAUAGAUAAAAUUCGGGAUGCUGCUGUCCUUCAUAAAUUUGCUGAAGCUGCUUACACGGGGCCACUGCUUGAUUUUGGAAGAAACCCUUGCUCAUUUCCUUGUGUAUGGCUCUAUCGGCAAGGGAUGUUGACUCCAUGGACUCGUAACAAGCGACCCAUACUCCAUGGUGAUAACUGGUGGCGAGGCCAUGCUGCAGCCUUUCUUAAAUAUGUCAAGCUAUCUCCUGAAGUACUCCGGAAGGGGCGUGUUAACCAGGCAAAGUGUGAAGCUGCAUACUUCGUUCUGGUUCUACAUGAUGUGAGAUGUGUAGUGAUUGCUGUAAGGGGAACUGAAACACCUGAAGAUCUCAUAACUGAUGGCCUAUGUAGGGAGUGCGCACUUUCUGAGGAAGACUUGGAUGGGCUGAUGAAUAGCGAUCAUGUUCAACCCAAUGUAAAGCAGAAGAUUAUUUCAUCUUUCCCACACUAUGCACAUUCUGGGAUUGUUGAGGCUGCCAGGGAUUUAUAUAUGCAAAUUGAAGGGAAUCGUAAAGAUGACAAUGGAUCUGAACCAUGCGGUCUUCUUUCUUCAUUGCUGGGUCCCGGGUGCGAGUGUGAUGGUUAUGAGGUUCGCAUCGUAGGGCAUUCCUUAGGAGGUGCUAUUGCAGCAUUACUUGGACUAAGAUUAUACCGUCAGUUUCCAAACUUACAUGUCUAUGCAUAUGGGCCACUUCCAUGUGUGGAUUCAAUUAUAGCAAGUGCAUGUUCAGAAUUUGUGACAAGUAUUGUGUUCAGCAAUGAAUUUUCAUCUCGACUUUCGGGUGGAUCAGUCAUGCGCCUUCGUGCAGCUGCAAUCAAAGCAUUGUCACAAGAUAGCAACGAUAAAUCAACUCAAAUUUUUGAGCUUGCUCGUAGGUUCCUUUAUCUAAAUAACCAACAGAGAAAUGGGAGUGAAGGAAAGAAUUCUCAAUCAGACAAGUAUGCGAGGCACAUUGAGGCAGAUGACCUAGGGAUCUCCUCAAGUUAUCAGCAGAAUGAGACUAGAGAAAACAAGAAAGAGGGCCAAGAAUUCUCUCUCUUGGCAGAGAAUCAAACCGAAGAUGACAUCAUCACGGUUGAACGUAACAAGUUCUCCAAUUCUGAUGAUCUGGUAUCUCAAUUCAUGGAAGCCAUUGAAAGAUCCGAAAACGAUAAACCAACCGAGAGUUUCUCAGAUGUGUAUCUUCCUGGCCUAUUAAUUCAUAUAGUUCCUCUAGAAAGAAGGUUCACCUUACCUUUCUUGAACAACUUGAGGUGCCAAGAUGGCGCAGAUGGUUACAAAGCUUAUAUUGCAAACAGAGAGAGCUUCAGAGACAUUGUUGUAUCACAUUCGAUGUUCCUAGAUCACCUUCCUUGGAGAUGUCACGCUGCUCUGCAAAAGCUUUUGGAGGCUCAAACUGCCAAAGGUUCACUUCAUGAAACUAUGAAUGUAUGAGUUAAAAAGAACAUAGUUGAGGUUAAUUGCUAACCUAUUUGGAAAUAAUGAUAAUAAAAAAUAAAAAAUAAAAAAAAUGACAA